AUGUUCUGUACGUCAUUGAACUCUGAUUUGUGACUAAUUCAAGAUGGCGCUUGUUUGUAGAGGAUAUGGGGGAUGGAUGGUGUCUAAGUACUAUUUGUUGAUUUUAUAUACUUUUCAUUAGUACUUAAAUGGAAUGGACGAAGAGCACAAAGAACUUCUGAAAUUUCAUAGAACUAGGUUCUUACAAUGUGUAGAUAUAGAUCGUUUGAUACCUCUACUUCAAACCAACGGAGUGUUGACUAAUGAUGACGUGACCGACCUAAAGAAAUAUAAUAAUUCCGGGGCGAAGGCAGAAAAACUUUUAGAUUUACUGCCUUCUAAAGGCUCCCAAGCUUUCCAGGCAUUUUGUUUGGCACUUGAAACAACAUACCCUCAUUUAUUAACCGUUAUGUUUCUUGGUGGUAACAAGAAAAUGAGUGGUUUAGGUGAUGAUGUAAUUAGAAACAGCCCAUCUUCAGCUCCUCAGUCCUUAUGCUCUCAUCAAGAUAUCGAUUUAUCGCAAAAUAUCAAAACAGAUAUCCACCUUGUUAAUAGUGAAAGAGAUGGAUGGCGCCGUAGUCAUUCUAAAGGGGAUCGUGAUAAUUCUUACCGAAGACUAACAACUAGUGGUGACAGCAUGAUUUCAUCACUCAGUACCCUGAGUAAAAAUACAGGUGUUAGUACCAGCGAUCAUUCUUUAAACUCUAGAGACUAUGACAGUUUACACCAAGUCAAUGAUACACAUCGAUACACCACAAAUGAAUUUAUUCACAAGCAAGAAAUAUCCCUGAGAGACACUGAUUUCUAUCAUCCAAAGCCAAAGGCUUCUACAUUAAAAAUGGAAGAUCAGCGUCAUGAAACUAUUAUUUUAAAGAAGCAGUAUAAUGAACUAUUAGCAGAUAAACACCGAUUGGAGCAAGAAAUUGAAAGGUUAAAGAGAUUUAGGGAAGAAGAUCGUAAAGAAGUUAAUGAACUGCAAAGACAGCAGGAAUUGUUGACAGAGAAUGGAGGAGAUGCUGCUCAUCAGUUGUACUUAAAUGCUGUGAGAAAGUGUGAAGCUAUGAAGGAGGAGUAUGAUAGUCUUCACAAAAGAUAUGCUGAUCUUAUGGCAUCACAUAGUGCCACAAUAUCCAAGUUGGAGGUUACUCAAGAAGAGUUGAGUUGCUGGAGGAAACGUUACGAAGAUCUAGUUCAUGAGCGUAAUGCUGCUUUGCAUGAAAGGAAUGGCCUGCAACAGCAAUGCACUGCUGCCAUCAGACAGUGGGACAAUGCUUUGCGAGAAAGAAAUGAAGCUAGGGAACAGCUUGCAAAGGUGCAACAACAACGUGAUGAAGCUAUGAAAGAAAUUAAUCAAGCCAUGGCCGUGAGGAUCAAAGCUACAAAAGAUCUGGCCAGACUGACAGAAGAAAGAAAUGCUGCUGUGCAAGAAUAUUCUCUCAUCAUGUCUGAACGUGAUACAGUGCAUAAAGAGAUGGAAAGAUUGCAAGAAGAACUAACAGAAGCUCAAAAACGAGCAAAGAGUUCUGAGGGAACUAAUAAAGCAACUACUGAAGAAGUUGAAACAUUAAGGCGAGAAAUAUCAUCUGCCCUCCAAGAUCGCGAUAGGGCUCUUAAAGAGUGCAAUGAUUUGAGAGAAAAAUACGGAGAUUAUGUUACUGGUCGAGAAGAAAGUCCUCGGAAUAAAGAUCGAAGAAAGUGUGAGCCUCAUUGGGAUUCUGUGGGAAGAGAUAUUUCUCGCAAAGAACGCGACAACCAGUGGGAGAACACUCAUGAUAAUAUGAUCAAAACUCAUGGCCAAUGGCUAGAUGAUUUGGAUCAAGCAAAUUCAGAAAUCGAGAGUUUAAGACAUCAAGUGGAGAAGCUGAACACUGAAUUGAAUGAGGCCCAGCAAGAAGCAGAAGUUUGCAAAAGACGUAGAGAUUGGGCUUUUAGUGAAAGAGAUAAGAUAGUUCUUGAAAGAGAAAGUAUCCGAUCUUUGUGUGAUAAAUUAAGAAAAGAGAGAGACCGAGCAGUCAGCGAUCUUGCCGAAGCGUUAAGGGAUUCAGAUGAUGUUAAAAAGCAAAAGAAUGAAGCUUCAAAGGAACUUAAAGAAUUGAGAGAGAAGAUAGAAGCACAGUUGGAGAAAGAAUCCAGAAUGAAACAACUUAAUUCAGUUGGGAACAAUCAUAGUCGAGACUCUGCAAUUGAUGCAGAUAUGCAAGAGUGGGAUACAGAGACUGUUGAAGUAGCAAUUAACUUUUCUUCGGAGGAUGACCUUGGACUUGAGCUUGGAGGAGGAAAAGGAGAAGGCCAGAAUGACAAUCACCUCUACAUCAGAAGCAUAACCAAGGGAAGCAGAGCUGAAGGAAAAUUAAAAAUUAAUGACUGCAUCAUGAAAAUUAACAAUGUUGAUGUUUCCAACAUGGACAGAAAAAAUGCAAUUGAAGCCAUUAGAAACUGUAGUGGUAAUGCUUUAUUGGUUAUUAAAAGGCGGAGGUUAACCAAUAGCCGUGGAGUGAGUAAUGUGAUAUUAGGCGUGCAUGGUGGUAAACAUCAUGGGCUUGCUAUUGAAAAUGGAAUUUAUAUUAGCCGUAUUACACCAGGUUCAGUUGCUGCUCGAGAAGGAUCGAUUGCUGUUGGAGACAGAUUAUUAUCGGUCAAUGGAAAAUCUGUAGAAAGUGUCAAAACUGUAGGAGACAUGCUAGACUUGGCUAAUUCAACAUUAACCCUCCAAGUAGCUAAAUGUAUACCAUGCCCAAACUCACCUCCAAGUUCUGUAUCAAGCUAUCAAAACUCUGAUAUUUUAAGUGAUAAAAAGAAAGGAUCUACUUCAAAUAGCUUUGGAAGAGACAGUAUACCAUCCUCACCUGAAAAAGAGGCCCUUCAAAUAUCACCAAAAAAGCCUACUCUAUAUGAGCACGAGGGUUCGAAAUCUCUGAAAUCAAACACUGUGCAAUCAGAUCAUUCAAGGAAAUCACCUGAUUCAUCACCUUUAUCUCCAAUCACAAGGCGACGAAAAGCUGCAUCCGAUGAUAGGACAAGAUAUCCUUCCUCUCAGCCUACUUUACUUGAUCGAGCUUACAAUAAGAUAUUCGGUGAAAAGCGCACAUCAAAGGAUAAGAAAAACUCACCUACUACUCAGUCUCCUUUAUUAGGUCAUGAUGAGGAAGAUCCAAUUGCUGAAUUAGAUUCAGUUCUUGAAGUUCAUAGUAGAAUGUUAAAUAAGGGCUCCAAAGAAAGAAAACCAGAUAAAAAUGGUGGCACUUGGCCAAAAUAUAAGGGACCUUUAAUUCAGUAUAACGAAGUUGGAACUGUUUCUAGAUGUCCUAAUCGAAAGAAAUCUGAAAGAAAGUCACUUGCAGCAGUUAACAAGCAGUUCAGCCUUUAUGAUCCUUCCAUGCAAUGCAAUUCAAAACAAUCAUCAGAAUCUCAUCCAAAUCAUCUGUUAGAUGAUUGCAGUGACAAUGAAAAUAGUGGUCUCUCUGUAUCUAUGCAAAGUGAUAGAAUUUCUGUCUUUGUGGAUUGCCAGCAUGGCCACCAGACUUCAAAUUUUUCAAAAAAAUCAAGUAUUCCUAUAAUUUCACCAAGUGCUUGCACAACUCAGACUUCUAGCUCAGGGUCUUCAUAUGCUUCACCAGAGAUUACCAGUCCCCAUAAAACAAUAUCUGGACAGAGCAAUGAACAACUUACAGAUAUCAGACCACCAUCAUAUAAUGGAAAUUCCAGCGCUAGUUCAUUAUUGGACUACUCGGUUGUUUCGGCAUAUCCCAAUAAAGAUGUUUUAGAGUUUUAUAAAAACAGAAAUCGAUCUCGACCACGAUCUGCUUUAUUUGGUGUCUCAGAUUCAGAUUGCUUAAGUUCUCUAGAAUCAAAUGCAUCUAGCCAGUGUAGUAAAAACAUGUUGAGCUUGGGUGUAGAUAGAACUUCUUUUAGUCAUUCAGAUGGUAUACCAUUAUCAUUUUCUUCACCCGAUAGGCCUCUGAGUGCUCAUUCCGCACAUAUGUAUCCCGUAACAGUUCCUACGAGCCUCACUGCUUCUGUCAUUAGUCCAAGCUUACUUCGUAGUAGUACUCCUUUUUACACUUUAAAUACAGGACAACGUGGUAUUACUCACUCUCAUCACACUCAUAAUCACACCACUAGCACUCAUGGUAAUGCACUCGUAGUAUCUCCUUUGCCUUCUGCUGCUAGGUAUUCAUCCCCUCCUGGUCUUUCAGUCUACACUUCAAGAAGUGGAGAUUCACUGUUAAGUGUAUCUGUAACAGAGUCCAUGCUCGUCGAUCGCUCAUUUCAUACACAUCCAGACAGUGGACGAUACUCUCUCAAAGACAGUGGUCGCCACAGCUUCUCUCCGUCUCCUUCACCAUGUCCUUCUCAUUAUAGCUAUUCAAAUCCAUCCCCAACACAAAGUAUUGAUCUACAUUACCACCACAGUUCAUCCUGCCAAACUCCAAAAAGAGUUGUUCCAGCUCAUGCUCAUGUCCACACUGUUUACAGAGACGAUUCUUACAGUCCAUCUGUUGCAGAUGGGUUAUUAACCUGCCAUAAAAGAAAUCAGCGCAUUCGAAUUCCAUCAAAUCCAAGUGUAACGUCUAAGUCCUCAGCUGGUAAAGUUUCCAGUAGCUCAAUUGAGAAAGCCUCAUCUGUAUCAGAACGUAGCAGUCCUUUACCUCCGUUUACAGUUGAGUGGCUUAAUCCUGACGGAUCGCAAGCCUCAGUAGAGUACAGGGGAAGAACGCCUAAACCUGGCGACACUCGUAGUAUCUGCAUUGAGAAAAGUACUGAACCUUUGGGUAUUCAGAUUAGCUGUGGUGAAGACAAAGCUGGGAUUUUUGUAUCAUCUGUGACCAAGAACAGCUUAGCUGAUCAAGCAGGCCUUCAAAUUGGUGAUCAUCUUUUAGAGGUUUGUGGCAUUAAUAUGCGCAGUGCAACAUAUGGGCUUGCUGCAAAUGUUCUUCGACAGUGUAUGGAUAGUAUAACUAUGUUAGUGCAAUACAACCCAGAAAAAUACAAAGAAGUGGUGCCUGAAAACGAAUAUUCUAGUGAUGCUAUAUCUCCUUGUGAAACUCCUGUUCUACAUCACAAGCUAAGUCAUUCUAAAUCCAUUGAUGUAUCCAAUGAAGACGUACCCAGCACACCUAGUUCUGCUGCCUCAACUUUAACAAAAAAGAAAGCUCAUAGCUUAAGCUCUGGUAACAGAAUGAAGAAUUCAAAAACAUCCAUUACUGAACCUAGACUUGUGAUUCUUAAAAAAUCAACAUCUAAUUUGGGAAUUAGUCUGUUAGGUGGUAAUGCUGUAGGUAUCUUCAUUCAUGCUGUGCAAGAAGAUUCUCCAGCCCAAGGUCCCAAUGGUUUACGUACUGGAGAUCAAAUUCUAGAGUAUAAUGGAAUUGAUUUACGACAUGCAACUGCAGAGGAAGCAGCAUAUGAACUUGCUAAGCCAGCAGAUACUGUAAAAAUAUUAGCUCUCCAUAAUUAUGAAAGAUAUCAAGAAAUCCAAGAUCAGCCUGGAGACUCAUUUUACAUCAGGUCAACGUUUGACCGAUUAAGCAUUAAUGGAUCAUUGGCAUUCCAAAAAGAUGAUAUCCUGUACGUUGAUAAUACAAUGUACAAUGGUGUACCUGGCCUGUGGCAAGCUUGGCUUGUGGAUGAGGAGGGAGAAAAAAUAAAAUGUGGUUUCAUACCUAGCAAAUAUAAGGCAGAGGAAGAAUUAAUGAUGAAAAGAAGUUUAGGUGACUUGGAUGGUACUGAUGGUGGAAGAAGAGGUUCAACUGCUGCUAGACGAAGUUUCUUUCGAAGGAAACGUCACCAUCGUAGCAAUUCAAGGGAUAGCAAAGAACUUGCCUCUUUCUCUGAUGUAUCUAUCAACAGUUGCAGUGACUCUGGUAUCUUAGGGGAAGAAUUAGUACCACUAACUUACCAAAGGGUGGAAAAACAACACUAUUUGUCAUUACGUCCAGUUAUUAUUGUGGGGCCUUUGAUGGAAGCUGUUGUCGAUCAGCUUGAGCAAGAUUUUCCUCAUGUUUUCCAACGCUGCAUUCCAGAGAAAAUGAAGGGCUCUCUGUCUAUGAUGGAAAGAGGACUUCAAGAACUCAAAUUUGUGGAUUUCAGGAGACGAGGCAACCAUUUUGAGUGUACAACUGUGGCAGCUAUAAAACAACUCUGUGAUAAAAAAUGUCAUGCCCUCUUGGAUUGUAGUCUUUCAGCUGUAGAGCGUUUAAACCAGAGCAUGAUUUAUCCAAUAGUCAUUUUUUUAAAAUACAAAUCUACUAAGCAAAUCAGAGAAGCUAAAGAUUCAAGAUAUUUAACUGAAAAGGUUACGACAAAAGCAGCUAAAGAGAUGUUUGAACAUGCACUAAAAAUUGAGAGUGAAUACAAGCAACUGAUAAAUGGUGUAAUUCCUGGUUCAAAUCUGGCUUAUAUGUGCACUCAGGUAAAAGCUUGUGUUGAAGAAGAGCAAAGCAAAGCCUUAUGGGUGCCAAGUGGUUCAUUAUAAUUAAUUAUCAAGUAGUCAUUUGAAUGAUUUUAUAAAAAAAAAAAAUUAUGUCAAUAGAUAAAAUACUUUGUACAUUUUUUGUGAAAACAAACUGGAAAUCUUUAUAAAAUGCUCAUUUGUGCAUGUUUGCAAAGUCAAAAUGGAUAAGUUAUGUUACUGAAAGCUGUAAUAUAACAUAUGUACAGAUAUAGAAUCGGGCUAUUUUACAAAUUUAAUAAAUUUUGGAGGGUACUUUUUAAUUGUGUGAUUUUAACAUACUAUCGCAUGAAUAUCAUUGUAUUUUAGGAUCCCCAUACUGUUAAUCUUGAGCUAUUAAAACUCGUCAGACGUUUUGAGAUUCGCUAUAGAGAGGGACUUUAGCUUAUUAACUUUAUUAGUUAUAAGUAUAGAAUAUAUUUCAUCAGUUUGCUUUAAAUAUAUUUCUAGCUAACACUUAAUCUUAUUUUGAUGUAUCAUUUUCUAUUAAUAUGAUAACUAUUACAGUUUCUUUUUGGCAUCCUAAAAUGUGCAAUUAUUAAUGAUAUUAUACGAUUAAUAAUAUUAUGAAAUUUUGAGAUUGUUUUAAUUCUAUAAUUGAUUUCAAGUGAGCAUACUAGUUGAUUAGUUAUGGGUAUUAUUUUACCCAUGUAUUUUAAGAUUUGAAUUUUAGUUAAUUUUUUAUCUGUGAAAUUAGUUAUUAACUUUACUGUAAAUGACCAUGUAAUAAAUUGUUUCUUUAGAUACAAAACUUUUAAUCGUUUGCAAUCAAGUACUCUUCAUUGCGUAACUUACCAAUAGUUUUAAGUUAGUAGAUCUGGCACAUGUUGAUAUAAUUACAAAAAUUUGUGUGAUAUAAUAUAUUAAAAUUUUUUAUUGUAUGCAAAACGUUAUGAACAGAAAAUAAUAAGUUCAUUAGAACCGUGAUUAUUCGUAUUCCCCAAAAUCUGAGGUUAAUCAAAUAAUUUCGAUCAUCAGACAGUUGGGCAACCUUUUUAAAUCAAUUUUUAAUAUUAAUCUACAAAAUAAAAUUAUGAAUGACUAUUUAUUUUUUUAAAAUCUAUUUUUUCCCCUUUUAAUCUUAUUAAUAAACCAAAUAAGAGUUUAAUUUAAUAAGUCAUCUAGAAGUAAUUAAAUCAUUUGAAACCCUUAAAAAAUUGUAAAAAUUCUUGAGAAAUAAAAUUUAAUUCAGAGCAAAAGUUUAAUCAUGAGAAAUUUUGGAACUGUUCAUAAUUCAUCCUUAUUUUAUUUAUUUUUUUAAAUCAAAUGUUUGCAAGAUCCUUGCUAAUUUUGUUCAAACAUGCUAUUUACUUCUUGAAAUAGUUAACAACUGCUACUUAUUGAGUCGAGAAAUUUGAGUAAAAAGGAACUAGAAAUUGCAAUAUUUAAAUUCGAAAAGGAAAAAAAAAAUCUUUCUUUUAAACUAAUUGUGAGUCGAGUUGGUUCGCUUAAAGAUUAUUUUUGAAAUUUCUAGUCAAUUGAAUUUGGAUUUUAUUUUAUUUUCAAGCUAUUUUCGAUUGAGUCAGAAAUGUUUGAAUAAUGCUCUUUAAUUCUAAGCUAAAAGAAAUGGUUCGUUUUCUAGUUCAUCUCAAUUUUUAUUCUUUCUUUUUUUUAAAUUUUAAUUCUUUAAAAUUGCAACUUUUGCUGGAAAAGUUAAGAAAAAAAUCUUUGCAUUUUAGUUUGAAAAUUGAGUGGGAACACUAUAGUAUGUAUAGCUCUAGAACGGAUAGAUUGUCAGAUAUCCAAAGUGUCCUAUGAUCAGAACUCCUACAAUCGGAGUUCUACUGAUUAUCAGUUAUAAUUAUAUAAUUGACUUUAAAAAUAAUUUUAUGUAAUUUUUACAUUAUUAAAUUCCUAAUAUUUUUAAAUAUUAAAAAUUGUUGAGAUAUGUAUUGAAACCCACCAUAAGCUACUAUUUUAGAUUUUAUUUUGACAAAGACAAUUUUGUAUACUCACUUGAAUUACAUAUUUCUAAAUUUAAGAGUUAUUUUUAUGUUUAUUUAUAAUCAACUGAAUUUUAUCUUCAUUUCAAAAGUUAGUUUUACUAUUUGUUUUUGUAAUGUACACAGAUAAUGUAAAAAGAAACACCAAACAAUUAAUUCAAAAUCUAUGAACACUUGCUGCUGUAGGUUUUGAUGAGCUUUAUUUAAAUAAAUCAGUAUUAAAUUAAAAAUCAUGUAUUGUACCUGAACAAAAUUUAUUUGGUAUGGUCGAAUGCUUUGAUAAUUUUCUCACUCUGAUGAAACCUGCUGACUGUUUUGUGAAUAGUACCCAAAUUUUAUAUAUUAUUGCUGAUUUCUUUUGUGCAUUAUGUGAUAUCACUGUUUCUGUUUGUCCACAACUACUUUGUAUUAUAUUCAAAUAUUUAUGUGAUUUUGUUUUUAUCAGAUGUUUUUAGAUAUGUUAGUUUAAUUUUCACCUGUAUAGUUCUAUAUAAGUUUGAUUGCAUAAGGGUAGAUAUUGAGUUUUUAAUGAGAAUUAAAUUUUCUUAAAAACAGGGUUUGAAAAAGUUAGUCAUGUAUAAAUUUCAAAUUUUAUUAACUUUUUAAAAGCUUAUUUUAUUGUAUCAUUAAUCUGUGUUUUUAAGGAAAGGUUAAUAUUGCUAAGUUGCUUUGUAGAAAAAUGCAAAUACUAAACAAUUUACUAUCAGGCAUUUCUUUCAAAUUAAGUUUUUUUAAUCCUAUUUAAAAGGAAUAGAUUAAUUAAGCUGUAUUCUCUUUGAAGUGAUAAUCUAAAUUGUGUCUUUAAAUACAAUUUUUGUUCUUCAAAAUUCAAAGUUUCCCAAUUUUUAAAAAAAAUAAUUUUUUUUUUGCUUUUAUGGACAUUAUUUUUAGAGUUAUUAGAAUUUCUUAGUUAUAAACAUAAAACAGAUAUUUCGCUCUGUAUUACCAUCUGUCAUUAUUUGUAAUGUUUAAGUAAGAAAAUUAAGUUAAUAAUCUUAUCACUAUAGUAAUGCAAUGACUACAAUUUAAACACAAAUGUAUUAUAUAUAUAUACUUUUAUAAAUUUCAUUUAAAUGUGUCAGUAUUAGAUAACAUUCAAUAUACAUACUAAGUAUUCCAACUGUGUGUGGAAAAAAUUCAAAGUCUUUUUGUUUGUUUCUUGUUCUAUGUAUUCAAGUUUUUUUUAAAUAAUAUUCAAACAAUUUUUUUUAUACAGCAAGUUAAGAUAUAAGUAUACAUUGAAGGAAAAUCAAUUUAUAAGACGAACUAACAUAAAAUUUAUAAAUUUUUUCAUCGAAAAUAUAAACUAGUUUGACAUGAAAUUUCAUUCUCUUUAUUAUGGCCUCAUUUAUUCAUUGUUAUUUAUUUUUUCGAUAUUAGGUAAAAAAAGGUUUUAAUAAUAAUUUUUAUUAAUGGUACUUACCUUUUUUUUGUAUUUCUCUUCCUGCCAAUUUAAAGUAAACUGCUCAUAUUUAACUUCUAAGCACAGAAUUAACUGAUUUAUAUACAAAGUAAUAUACCUGUUAAAUUUUCCGUCCCAUAUUAACUUUAACAUUGGUAUUUAAAAUUACAUCUCUCAUAAUAAGAUUGUUAAAUUUUGGUCUGUUCUGCUUAUUACUUUUUAAACAAUGCCGGUUGGUGAGUAAGGCCGAAUGAAGUAAGCACGGUUUCCAUUUUGAUCCGAUGUGCAAUCUUGCAUAUGUACUUCUCAAGAUAAGGAACCUCCUUUACCUUCCAAAUGGCAUGUGUUGGAAAAUCUUUCGGGAUCUUACCUCCAGAGUGAUACACAGGCUUCUUGUGUACAUUAGGCUGUAGGAAGGUAGAUUCUUAAUCUGCAUUUAAAAACGUGCAGAUUUGAAAUAGCAAGAUGUAAACCAUGCUUGUGUUUGAUCUGAAAUAUUAGGAUCUAAAGCAACUAAACAUUCAAUUUUAAUUAUCUUGAGAGUUCAGCAUUGCAAUAAAAUGAUUUAAGUUAAAAAAACAAGACUGUAAUUAACU